UGAUGUAAAGUUCUCAUGAAUGGUGUAGAUCGGUUAACGCACGUGUUAAAUAUUAUUUUCGAUUGAAGUUUUUGAAAAUCUUAAAAUUUGAAAAAAUAUAAAACAUAUAUUUCAAAACCUAUUAUGGAGAAAACUUUUGCUCCCGGUUUAUGUUUGGAAUGGAAACAUCUUAAUUAUUAUGUACCAGCGAAAGAGCAGACAAAUUAUAGUUUUUGGCAAUCGUGUCAAAAGCAAACGGAAUUACAAUUAUUAAAUGAUGUGAGCGGUCAUAUGAAAACUGGAGAUCUGGUGGCAAUAUUGGGAUGUAGUGGCGCCGGUAAAACCACACUGCUAGCAGCAAUAUCACAACGUUUACGCGGUAAUUUAAGCGGUGAGAUCGUUGUAAAUGGUGUUGCGACGGAGCGAGCAGACAUGAUACGCAUCUCGAGUUUUUUGCCACAAUUUGAAAUCAAUGUACAAACAUUCACUGCCUACGAACAUUUAUAUUUUAUGUCCCAUUUUAAAAUGCAUCGCAAAACAACAAAAUCUCAAAAACAUCAAAGGGUUAAUGAUCUGCUUUUGGCGGUGGGUCUAAGAAAUGUGGCCCAUACACGUAUACAACAGUUGUCGGGUGGUGAACGUAAAAGGCUCAGCUUAGCCGAAGAGCUAAUUACCGAUCCCCCAUUUAUAUUUUGUGAUGAACCCACCACUGGCCUAGACAGUUAUAAUGCCUAUACUGUAGUCAAAACCCUUAGACAUCUUUGCACCCGACAUCGUGUUAUGGCUCCUUCGCUAACGGCUUUAUAUGGUGAAGAUUCUUAUAGCUCGCCCAGUGAUAGCAGUAGUUCUCAUAGCAGUCCUCAUAGUUCCAUAGAAAUGGAGGCUUUUGAUUCUGAUUUACCUAGUCUUAAGGCUUUAAAUAAUAGUCCUAAUGGUCGUUAUAAGAAAGCUAUUAUCUGUUCUAUACAUCAACCGACUUCAGAUAUAUUUGAGCUAUUUACGCAUAUUAUUUUAAUGGAUGCUGGACGUAUUAUUUAUCAGGGUCGCACCGAAGAGGCUUUGGAGUUUUUUACCAGAUUAAACUAUGUUAUUCCUAAAAAUUGUAAUCCAGCUGAUUUUUAUUUAAAAACUAUCUCAGACAGUCAUACGAAUCGUAAUGAUGGUCAAUUAAUUAAAGCCAAAUAUAGCCUACAAACAUCGGGUCUUUAUAGCAAUAGUUGGCUGCUGCCGAAACCUUAUAGUGGAGAGUAUUUGACGAAUAUGAAAAAUUUUAAAAAAAUUUGGUGGCCUUUUCAAGUGUAUUUACUGCUCAAGAGAUUUGUAACCGAUGAUAGUCGCAAUCUGAAACAGGGUGUUUUAUCCAUGGGUUUCUUUAUGAUAACUUCCCUAACACUAGCUAUUAUGUAUUCCGGGGUACAAGGACUCACACAAACUUCUAUACAAGAUAUUGGCGGGUCCAUCUUUAUGUUGAGCACAGAAAUGAUUUUUACAUUUUCCUAUGGUGUUACCUAUGUAUUUCCUUCAGCUUUACCGAUUAUGCGUCGUGAGGUGGGAGAGGGCACCUAUAGUUUAUCGGCUUAUUAUGUGGCCGUGGUACUAUCCUUUAUACCCAUGGCCUUUUUCAAAAGUUAUAUAUUUUUUGGUGUGGUCUAUAGUUCCAUUUAUUUGGAUCGUGGUUUUAUGCUGUUUUUAUCAAUGGGUUUAGUUUUGGCUUUAUCGGCUGUGGCGGCCACUGGAUAUGGUUUAUUUUUAUCCACUAUAUUUGAAACGGAAAAGAUGGCUUCAGAAUGUGCAGCACCAUUUGAUUUGUUAUUUUUAAUAUUUGGUGGUGCCUACUAUAAUGUGGACUCAAUACCAUUUUUAAAGUAUUUUUCGCUAUUCUUUUACUCUAAUGAGGCGUUAAUGUAUAAUUUUUGGAUAAAUGUGGAUAAAAUAGACUGCCCCCAAAAUGAGGCUCAUCCCUGCAUAAAAAAUGGCUAUGAGGUACUGGUACGUGGCUCAUUUCGCAUUGGCGAUGACACUUAUUGGACCGAUUGUUUGGGUUUAGUAUUUGUUGCUUUAGUUUUUAAUAUAAUUGCAUAUUUUUUUGUUCGUAAAUAUGUCAAGCGUAGUGGUUAUUAUUAAAGUCAUUUUUAUAUAGUGUUCAUUUUUAUAUCAACUCAAUAUUGUUUUCAUAUCAUAAACCGCACAUUUUUAUUUUUUAUGCAAAACU